AUGCUGUUUCAAAAAUUCUUUUGGAUUUUUAUUUUAUUUUUAUUAAUUUUAAAUUAUGCCGAAGGAGGAGGGGGUGAGAAGGAAAAAGAGGGUAAAGCGAAGAAAAUUGGGGAUGAAAAAAUUGGGGAUGAAAAGCAGGAGGGAAAAGUUGUGGAGGUUGUUGAAGAAGGUAAUGUUAAGGAGAAAGAAGGGUUACUACCACCCAAAACACAUGUUGCUGUAUUAGAUGAAGCUUCAAAACCACCCAAUACUUCUGAAACUGGCAUGUCAAGCAAGAUGGCUUCUACAGCACAGGCUUCGGGAGGAGCCCCCAAAACAUAUGCUUCUGCAUUACUAUCUCAGCAGCCAGCUAAACCAUCAUCUAAAAGUCCAGGAACUGUUCAAUCAAGCAGAAUGACAAGUCUUAAAUCUACAUUAAGUAAAUUAUUGUUUUUAUUUUCUAUCAAUUUAAUCUAA